CAGAAAAGGACCUAAAAUGGCGGGAUUCCAAAUUUAACAAUAUUUACAGCAAAAAAAAAAUCCCUCUCUCCAAUUUGAGCGAUCCGAUUGUGACUCUCUCUCUCUCUCUUUCUCUGGUUUUCGUUUUAAUAUCUUUCUGGAGAAAAUUUUGAUAGAAAGUGCAACGAAAAAGCAAGAAGGUGGCAAAAGCAUUGACAAUCCUCACUUAAUUACCACUGAGGCUCAAGCUCAAUCUCUCCUUAGCACAGUUCUGCUAGAGAAUCAAAUUAAUAUUUCAGUUGGUCAAGAUCCUGAUUCCAAAUGCUCUCUGCACCAGCAAGUGAGAAACGGUUGUGGCUGCACGAGUGAAAACAAAGAUCAAGAUACAAUGGAGAAGAAGAAGUAUCCGAUUGGGCCAGAGUAUUACACCCUUUACGAGGUGAUCGGACAAGGUGUUAGUGCUUUAGUGCACCGUGCUCUGUGCAUUCCCUUCGAUGAAGUCGUUGCUAUUAAGAUUCUUGAUUUUGAACGAGAUAACUGCGAUCUGAACAACAUUUCUCGUGAAGCACAGACGAUGAUGCUUGUUGAUCAUCCCAAUGUGUUGAAAUCACAUUGCUCUUUUGUUAGUGACCACAAUCUGUGGGUCGUGAUGCCAUACAUGUCUGGUGGUUCUUGUCUUCACAUACUAAAAGCAGCAUAUCCUGACGGUUUUGAGGAAGCUAUUAUAGCGACAAUAUUGCGUGAGGCGUUGAAGGGAUUAGACUAUCUCCAUCAGCAUGGCCACAUACAUCGGGAUGUCAAAGCCGGCAAUAUUUUGCUCGGUGCUCGAGGAGCAGUCAAGUUGGGAGACUUUGGUGUAUCUGCAUGUCUCUUUGAUUCAGGUGAUAGGCAACGGACGAGGAACACAUUUGUUGGGACACCUUGCUGGAUGGCCCCUGAAGUCAUGGAGCAGUUACAUGGUUAUGACUUCAAGGCUGAUAUUUGGUCGUUUGGCAUAACUGGGCUAGAGCUUGCACAUGGCCACGCUCCUUUCUCUAAAUAUCCGCCAAUGAAGGUUCUGCUUAUGACCUUGCAAAAUGCACCACCAGGGCUGGAUUAUGAAAGAGAUAGGAAAUUUUCUAGGUCGUUCAAGCAGAUGAUUGCCAGUUGUCUAGUGAAAGACCCUUCUAAACGCCCAUCUGCGAAAAAGCUGUUGAAACAUUCAUUUUUCAAGCAAGCAAGGUCAAGUGAUUACAUUGCACGAAAGCUUCUAGAUGGGUUACCAGAUCUUGUUAAUCGUGUUCAAGCAAUAAAGAAAAAGGAAGAAGAUAUGCUUGCACAAGAGAAAAUGGCGGAUGGAGAGAAGGAGGAACUGUCGCAGAAUGAAUAUAAGAGAGGUAUAAGCGGGUGGAAUUUCAAUCUCGAUGAUAUGAAAGCCCAAGCUUCAAUGAUCCAGGACAUAGACUGUGGUUUAUCAGAGAACAGUUUAUCCGGAAGUACCACUUCGUUGCAGGCUCUAGAUUCACAAGAUUUGCAUUCGGAGUCUCAGGAGGAUAUUAGUCAACUGGCAAAUAAGUAUCUCCAACCCCUAAUUCAUCGAACUCUAAGUAUCGUGAGGGAUAAAUCGGAUGAUGAUUCAAGUCUUGCCAGCCCCAGUUACGAUAACUAUGUGUAUUCCUCUCCCCGUCAUGAGGAUCUAUUUUUAAAUCAUUCAACUGCUGGUAGCACGCAAGCAGUCCAUUGGAAAUCAAUGGAUUCGACAUCUAUCCCAACCAAUCAACAACCAGAGAUUCUAGCAGAGAGUGAUAAAACCCAAGAUGUGCUUCAAAAUGGCAAUGGGAUACAUCUAACAGUUGGAGGAGAUGAAGUACCAACAGAGCUGACUGUUAAACCACCUAAAGCAGCAGAUGAACCUGAGGACAAAUCAAAGCCGCCAGUUGUGCAGCAAAGAGGGCGUUUUAAAGUAACUUCUGAAAAUCUAGACAUCGACAAGGUGGUGGCUCCAUCUCCAAUCCUGCAGAAGAGUCACAGCAUGCAGGUGCUCUGCCAACAAUCUUCUGCCUCACUGCCUCCCUCGGUUUCAGGAAGUGAUGUCACGUUGCCAAAUCUAACCAGCUCUUACGUUUACCCGUUGGUGUAUCCAGUUCUGCAAACCAAUAUAUUGGAAAGGGACAACAUUUUGCAUAUGAUGAAAGUGCUCACCAACAGAGAGUUGACAGAUGGACGUUCAGCUGACUCAGGAAGCGUUCAGCAGCCUAUUGUAGCUCCUACUGAGAAAUCAAUGCUUGAAGCAGCACAUGAAAGAGAGAAAGAGUUGCUCCAUGACAUAACCGACCUGCAAUGGAGGCUCAUUUGUGCUGAAGAAGAGCUGCAGAAAUACAAAACCGAACAUGCCCAAGUCUGAUUUCCUAAAAAACUUGAGAAGAUGUGUGGCCAAGUGUUAAAAAAACAAUAAGUAUUUUAAUAAGACAAUACAUCUAAUGAAGGUAAGAUUUGCUUUCAGUUGUUUUGUAAUUUGAUUCAUGGAUACAUCACUCCCUACUAUCAUCACUUCAUAUUAUGUUUUUUAGUCUUUUAGGUUUGUUUAAGGAAUUUGUGUUAUGUACCAUGGUGGCUAUUUUAUAACUAUGGUUACAUAAUGAUUUGUGUAAUGUUGAUACAAAAAGGGUUAUUGAGAAGCUUUUCCUAAUAUGACAGCUUAGACUUAGGGGUUUCGAUGCGUGUAAAUGAAUGCAUCUCUCACCAACUCAAUAGGACAACUAAGACUUGUCCUCAUGUAGCAUAGGCCAACACACAAUCCGUGAAUUCCAUUUCUGUCAUAAUUGCUUCUCUCUUUAAUGCUCAAAUGUGUACAUAUACUUUUUUCUAAUAUAAAAUUUAU